AUGAACGCAACGGAGCGAGCGCGUGGAGAUCUUUCGCUCAACAACACCAACUCUGGUUCAGCUCGAGAGCUCGUACGCAGCUUCCAGUUUGAUCUGUGCGCCUCGGAGGAGCUAUCACAGGGGCAGUUUUUCCGUGCCUGUGGCGUCAUCCCGCUGCUCGAGUCGGUGGUGGAAGGCUACCUUGCCACUGUUUUCGCUUACGGACAGACGGGAUCCGGCAAGACCUACAGCAUGUCAGGUCUGGACGAGCUGCUGGCAGGGACAGGAUCCCGUGAGGAACGCAUGGGAGUGUCUAACAAUUCCUUGGAGAACUCCGACGGACUAAUCCCUCGAGCGCUCAAGCACCUCUUUGCGCUGUUGGAGCAAGCGCCGGUUGACGUGAAGACUGUCGUCCGUGCCUCGUACUGUGAGAUCUACAACGAGCAGGUGUUCGACCUGCUGAAUCCAGGCUCGGGCGCCUUGAAUGUGCGAUGGAACGCUCGAGCAGGCUUCUACGUGCAGGACCUCCUCGUUGUGCGUUGUGACUCGCUUUCCGAUGUAUUGGCUGUUGUCGACGAAGGUCACCGAAAUCGACAUGUGGGGUCACACGGCAUGAAUGCCGACUCAAGUCGCAGUCACUCGCUGCUAACUGUUCACGUGGACCGCACCGAGACGCGUGACUCCGACAGCGGUCAGAGUCAUGAUGUCACGAGAUAUGGGAAAAUGAGCUUCGUGGAUCUCGCAGGCAGCGAGCGGCUGAAAGAAACCAGGUCGAACAACACAGAGGAAACUAGCAACAUUAACCGGAGCCUGCUUACUCUGGGGAAAGUCAUCUCGGCGUUAGCAGCCUCGUCAUCAGGGAACAAUCCUGGCGUUGCGGCUGGCACCAGCCACUUCAUUCCGUACAGGGAUAGUAAACUCACCAAGCUGUUGAUGGACUCACUUGGAGGCCAAAGCCUGACACUAAUGAUCGCAUGUGUGUCUCCGUCAGCCGUAGCACUGGAAGACACGUUAAGCACACUCAACUACGCGACGCGAGCGAAAAAUAUCCGCAACAAACCGGCGGUGCAAGUCGACCCCAUCGAGUUAGAGCUCAGCAACUUGCGGCACGAGAACCACGUGCUCCGAACUGAGAAUGAUGCACUUCGACUUCGACUGCAGCUAGCUGGAUCGACGUUGAAUCAAGCGAAUAACCAGCUCCAGCGACCGCCCAGCCUAGCAUCCAUUCCAUCCAGUUCGCGCCUGCUUCCCCUGGCCAAUACGUCGCCGACCUCUCGCAGCGUACCAAAGCCCUCACUCCCCGCGCUAUCGCCUUCACGACUCCCAGCCUCACAGCGCAACCAACUUCAGGCACUCCAAGAAGACCACCAGAGACUAACACAGCGAGCCCAGGCGACAGAGCAGAAACUACGCCAGCUUGAAGCUGAGAACAGAGCUCUUCGGCAGAGUCAAAGUCAACAACAGGUUGUCUCAAUUGGCAAGAGCAGCCCGAGCAAUGAGAUGAAGCAGUUACGGGAGCAGGUUCAGCAACUGCAACAGCGCGAGCAAGAACUCAUGCAGGCUUUGGUAUGUGGUUUUCAGACAGAACUUGCCGUGUUGACUCAAACUAACGAUAUUUGUACUGUAUGGAUGGCUACGCGUUGUGCAGUCUCGGCGAAGUCGAGGGCGGCGUGA